GCGGAGCCGAGCGGGGCCGGGCCGGGCCGGGCCGUGAGGGGCCGCGCCAGCUGCAGCGAGAUGCCGAGCGCGGCGGGCCGCGGCCAGGGCCAGGCCCAGGGCCAGGACCGCUGCCCAGAGAGCGCCGAGCCGCCGGCGGCCGAUGAUUAUGCUAAGGAAAGAUAUGGAGUGUCAUCAAUGAUACAAUCCCAAGAGAAAACAGAUCGAGUUUUGAUUCGAAUAAAAGACUUGACAGUGGAGAAAGCUGAUGAAGUAGUUUGGGUUCGUGGCAGAAUUCAUACAAGCAGAGCUAAAGGGAAGCAGUGUUUCUUAGUCCUGCGUCAGCAGCAGUUUAAUGUCCAGGCUCUUGUGGCUGUGGGACAGCAUGCAAGCAAGCAGAUGGUAAAGUUUGCUGCCAACAUCAACAAAGAGAGCAUUGUGGACGUAGAAGGCGUUGUGAGGAAAGCAUAUCAGAAAAUUGGAGGCUGUACUCAGCAAGAUGUUGAGCUGCAUGUUCAAAGGAUUUAUGUGAUCAGUUUGGCUGAACCCCGACUGCCCUUACAGCUGGAUGAUGCUGUUCGGCCAGAAGUAGAAGGAGAGGAGGAUGGAAGAGCUACUGUAAACCAAGAUACAAGACUGGACAACAGAGUCAUUGAUCUGAGGACCUCAACUAGUCAGGCAGUCUUCCAUCUUCAGUCUGGUAUUUGUCAGCUUUUCCGAGAAACUCUCAUUCACAAGGGAUUUGUGGAAAUUCAGACUCCCAAAAUCAUUUCAGCUGCCAGCGAAGGAGGAGCCAAUGUUUUUACUGUAUCUUACUUCAAAAGCAGUGCCUACCUGGCUCAGUCUCCACAGCUGUACAAGCAGAUGUGUAUAUGUGCUGACUUUGAAAAGGUUUUCUGCAUUGGGCCAGUAUUUAGAGCUGAGGACUCCAAUACACACAGACAUCUGACUGAGUUUGUUGGUCUGGAUAUGGAAAUGGCUUUUAAUUAUCACUAUCAUGAAGUGGUAGAUGAGAUUGCAGAUACUUUGGUGCAGAUAUUCAAGGGACUGCAGGAAAGAUUUCAAAGUGAAAUUCAGACAGUGAACAAGCAGUUCCCGUGUGAGCCAUUUAAGUUUUUGGAGCCAACUCUGAGGCUGGAGUACUGUGAAGCUGUGGCCAUGCUUCGGGAGGCUGGUGUUGAGAUGGGUGAUGAAGAAGAUCUGAGCACACCUAAUGAAAAGCUCCUGGGACGCCUGGUGAAGGAAAAGUAUGACACAGACUUCUAUAUUCUUGACAAAUACCCUCUUGCUGUGAGGCCUUUCUAUACAAUGCCAGACCCAGUAAACCCUAAAAACUCCAACUCUUAUGAUAUGUUCAUGAGAGGGGAAGAAAUUUUGUCUGGAGCUCAGAGAAUUCAUGAUCCUCAGCUGCUGACAGAAAGAGCCCAACAUCAUGGCAUUGAUUUGGAGAAAAUAAAGGCUUACAUUGAUUCUUUUCGUUUUGGUGCACCUCCACAUGCAGGUGGUGGAAUAGGACUGGAAAGAGUAACUAUGCUGUAUCUGGGUCUGCACAAUGUUCGUCAGACCUCCAUGUUCCCACGGGAUCCUAAACGACUGACACCCUAACAUGACCUGCUUUUGAAAGUUUCUCAUAUCCCCUGCUACUGAUGAACUUAUAUUGAUCUGAGCAUUGUGAUAUGCAAUAAAACAAGAAAGUCUAAUUUACUGAAGUGCCACAAUAAUUUUUUGUUAUUCCUUAGAAAUUUAUUUAAAAGAAAAUAUUUUAACAGAUCGGGACUCUUUGUAUUAGGAAUUAAGUGCACAAUUUUUAUGGAAAUGUCAUUCUUGAGUUAGUUAUUCUAGUGUCACUUUCAACUGUAACACAUUUCUAAGUAUUUUAAUAAAUUAUACAAUAAAAAACUUCAUUUUUAACUUAUGUCAGCAAGAUUGAGUAUUCUUAAGUGCAGAAUUGGAUUAAGCUAAAAUAACUGGAUGACUGCAAUUCAAAAAAAGCAGGAGGAAAACAGCAAAUUGCUAAUUUAAAUGAGUACAAGUUAGAGAAGCAGGUGAAAAGUAGAAUAUUCUUGAAAAAGCCUUCAUAUGAAAUUGUGAAAAAUAGAUUGCAAUAAAUCUCUCAAAGUAAAUGA